UCCGGAGGGAAGGGAGUGCCAGCCUCCCCUUGAGCUCUCUGCCCCGCAUCCUGAUUUCUGCUGUCGAUAUUCCUAGGGGAGAUGGAGGGGGUUCAGGGACAAGCUUUGUUAGAGAGUCGCAAUGGUUCACUCGGUUCCCCUGAACGCUCCCUGCUGCAGAGCGGAGGGCGACGGAUGUUGUAACUCAGCAUCCCUUAACACACCACUGUGGUUCUUCCUGCUCACAAUGCUAUUGGCUUAGGUCUGGUUUCCACUGCUCGGUGUUUGCGUGGGCACUUGUGCAGUGGCCAGCCCCAAAGGGAGUUGGACCUCGCAAAGAACAUCAAACUGCCGCCAGACCUCAUAAGCACUUUGCAAGGGCCAUCUGGAGACAUCGACUUGGGGAUCCGAAGCCUGAAAUCUCCAGGUGCACACCAGGUUGAAGAACUGGCAAGCAGGAAAGGAGCUGCUGACGUGAUGGUGCUGCUUAUUAAUCAUUCAGUAGUCCGGAGCCUUUCCACUUAAUGGAUGUGCCCGCGCUGGGCUAUAGCCUCUUGGCCUCUCCUCUGCUCUCUACGCUCCAGUGUUCCCAGGACUCCCAGAGCUGCAAGACACAACGCUCAAGCAAGCAGCCGCUGGGCGAUGCGCCGAGGCGGCCUCAGUAGGAGCCGCGCUCGCCACAGCUGCUGCGCUCUGCCAGGAGGCGCCAGGCAGCGGUGAGCAGUGAGCUUGGAGCCCUGAGCCUAGGGAGGGCGCAGGCAGCAAGGGCGCAAGGUGAGCGCCCCAGCCCGCACCAGCCCUCUUCAGCUGGGAUGUUCUCCAAUGGCACCGCCUCCUCUCCCUCCUCUUCUCCAAGCCCCAGCCCAGGCAGCUGCGGGGAAGGAGCCUGCAGCAGGGCCCCGGGGGCCGGCGCUGCGGACGGCAUGGAGGAGCCUGGACGAAACGCUUCCCAGAACGGGACCUUAAGCGAGGGCCAGGGUAGCGCCAUUCUCAUCUCUUUCAUCUACUCCGUGGUAUGCUUGGUGGGACUGUGUGGGAACUCCAUGGUCAUCUAUGUGAUCCUGCGCUACGCCAAGAUGAAGACCGCAACCAACAUCUAUAUUCUAAACCUGGCCAUUGCUGAUGAGCUGCUCAUGCUCAGCGUGCCCUUUCUGGUCACUUCCACGCUGUUGCGCCACUGGCCCUUCGGCGCGCUACUUUGCCGCCUGGUGCUCAGCGUGGAUGCGGUCAACAUGUUCACCAGCAUCUACUGUCUGACCGUGCUUAGUGUGGACCGCUAUGUGGCUGUGGUGCACCCGAUCAAGGCAGCGCGCUACCGUCGGCCCACUGUGGCCAAAGUAGUGAACCUGGGCGUAUGGGUGCUGUCGCUCCUGGUUAUCUUGCCCAUCGUGGUCUUCUCACGCACCGCAGCCAACAGCGAUGGCACAGUGGCCUGCAACAUGCUCAUGCCCGAGCCCGCCCAGCGCUGGUUGGUGGGCUUCGUCUUAUACACAUUUCUCAUGGGCUUCCUGCUGCCUGUAGGGGCCAUCUGCCUGUGUUACGUGCUCAUCAUUGCCAAGAUGCGCAUGGUGGCCCUCAAGGCCGGCUGGCAGCAGCGCAAGCGCUCGGAGCGCAAGAUCACUCUGAUGGUGAUGAUGGUGGUGAUGGUUUUUGUCAUCUGCUGGAUGCCUUUCUACGUGGUACAGCUGGUCAACGUGUUCGCCGAGCAAGACGACGCCACCGUGAGCCAGUUGUCUGUCAUCCUCGGCUAUGCCAACAGCUGUGCCAACCCCAUCCUCUAUGGCUUCCUGUCGGACAACUUCAAGCGCUCUUUCCAGCGCAUCCUGUGUCUCAGCUGGAUGGAUAACGCUGCCGAGGAACCGGUCGACUACUAUGCCACAGCCCUGAAGAGCCGUGCCUACAGCGUGGAGGACUUCCAGCCCGAGAAUCUGGAGUCUGGAGGCGUUUUCCGUAAUGGCACCUGCGCUUCCAGGAUCAGCACGCUUUGAGGCCGGGAACUGCCUCCGGGAGGGGGAGAGUGGUCAGAAAGGUAGAACAGGGAAGCAGGUGGGAAGGAAUGAUAACGGGACACCGGGCGCUGUGGUAAUAGUGCGUGACAGUAAUGCAGCGCGCCUGGUUAGCUGGACCUAGGAAACCUAUGCGAACUAAGGUACGGGGAGAGAUUUGCGGUUCAACUGCGAAUGCUUUUGGGCUAUCUGGUAUUCUGAACAACUCAGUUCUCCAAACCCGAUAACUUCCAGCCUCCCUCCCAGUUCUGCUAGUAUAAACCGCAAACUUAACGUCCCCAACUCAGUUUGACCCUUACCCUCUCAAGCUGAUUCUUCUGCUUCUUUAAGCUGAGCCACGGUUACCAUCACGUGUUUCAUUUGGGCAGAGUCCCCACCUUGCGCUGACCCCUGUUUGCUGCGCAGCUCAGCGGGCCAGACUUUUUUCAGAGUGGCUACCAGACUGCCCCCAAUCACCUCCUUUUGCACAGCCUUACUGUAAAGGAAGCCCAGCUCGAGGAUAACCAGCCAACUGGUCUUUUCUACUCUCAGAGAAGGCACAUCUUCCCCUGGGCCCUUCCUCUGUUCCACUUCAUCCAGAGCAGAGCUAGGUGCUUAAGAAAAGGUCCUGUGCCCAGAUCGCCAGACUUGGUAUACUUCCACCCACAUCCUCCUUUGGAGCAAAAAAAAAGGAGCUAAGAGAAGCAGAAGCGCGAGUUUGUAAGAUUCCCGGGUUGUGGGUGUGGGUACCAUAGAAGCCACCCUCCUACAGAACUCCGGACUAGGCUCCAAAGUCCUAGCUAGAGGAGCUCCCGGCUGGUGAAUAACUUAAGCACCCUGGUGGGUGGACCUGAAUUGCAAAGCAGUUCCUCUUGGAGUCCUCCCUAAAAUAACAAAAGAUUGGGUUGCCUGCCCCAGUGUAAAUUCCUAGUCCAGGUCCUGCUCCUGAGACAAACUGCGGAGCCUUUGCCGCCAAAGCAGGAUGGGCUGCUUCAGCUUGUCUGGUCCCCGAAGUUUGAAGUUUUCUGCCUUUCAAGCGGUGCCUAAUAGGUCAUCUCUUGUUUAACAUAUUUAUUUAUUUAUGUGUGGUGUUGAAAAAAAAAAGUGUUUUUCCACUUUUCUUUUUCUGUAUUUGCCUAACAGGGCUGUUCCUGGGAAUCCUGGGGGCGUGGCAGUGGGGAAGGGAGCAGGGGUGGAGGCAGUUCUCUCCUCAUCCAAGACCCCCUCAGAAGUUUCCCUCUCUUGUGCUCCUCUUGCCUUUUCUCAAUCCUUCCUGUUUUUGCUUGUGUCCAGUGAAGUUUGGAGAUUUUAAAAUAUAUUUUUACUGUAGUUUUUGUCUUGUUGAAAUAAAUAAAUGGUAAUUUGGGUUAACUUUUCUCAGUGCAGAAAGGCCUGAAUCCCUGGCAUCCCGGGAAACAUGUGUGUGUAUGUAUAUGUGCUGCUGUGCACAAAUCAUAUAUAUAUCAUGUAUGUGUAUACACACGUAUACAAAGAUAGAUUUGUUAAUCCUGACAACUGUCACUAGUCCCCGGAACAACUGUAAGGACACCCACAAAGUGACAACUGGGACCUGAGCUGUAGCACUCAAACCCAGAUCUGAGAAAUGUCGGAGACUCACCGCUGAACAUAUUGCUGCCUUUAUCCCAGCAGAGGUGAUUCUUACAUAUACCCAGUGAAAGUGGUCACUUCUGUUGAGGAAUGGAAGUGAAACUAUUAUGUCUGCAUUUACUGACUACAGUGGAAACCUAAGCAGGGCGAGGACCCAUCUCUUCACUCCUUUGCAGUUGCUGUAUUCUUGGGUAUGCUGGUUUGUACAUAGAGGCCACUGAGAGUCUUGCUUGGUUGUUUAAGGAAGCCAGUGUGUAUCAGUGGUCCUGGAACAGUCAACCUGGGGGUCUGAGGUUCACACUGACCUGACAUACAAUGGUUGAAUGCACUAUUGAAAAAGAUGUCUUCUGUACAUUUGCUUCAAGAAUGCCAUGCUUUUCUAAAAGCAGUAACCAAGAGUUAAACUGUCUCUUACGUUUUGUUUAAAUAAAUGAACAAAUAUGCUUUUAAUCAUAUAUGAGCAAGUUUAGAUCUUUUCCUA